AGGGCCAUAAACUGCUCAGCAGCAUAAAACGCGAGCGUGACGUCAGCAGUGAGGGUGCAGCAAGAGGGGCGCACGAGAGGAAGACAACAGACAGUAAAAGAGCCGAGUUUACAGGCCCACAUCGGUAAAGCGGAGUUAUCAGACUACUUGACAAUGGAACCGUUUCACAUAAUUACGGGGAACUGUAAUCAUGUCUUCAGGAGAUAUUAUGUCGGCUACAUUGCUUCUGUAAAGGUAUGAUGUCAUUCAGGCAGAUUCAGAGCCAAAUCAAACAGAAUGGGGCUCACUAGCAAGGGGCCACAGAGCCACAGAAUGGUUAUCUGUGCAGCUGUACUUGUCCUGAUGACACUCCUCAUCCUUUAUGGCUCCAAUAAUACCAAUGAUGCUGGUUUUGCUCCUUUCCAUGUCUCAACACACCAGGCACUCAAGGCCACUGAUUUGAAGAAAUGGUCUUUGCGAGAGGGUUAUGUCCCCAUUUAUGGAAAUAAGACCAUGAAUUUGCAUUGCCAUAAUUGUGCACUGGUGACAAGCUCCAGUCAUGUUUUGGGAACAAAAGCAGGUCAUGAUAUUGACCGGACUGAGUGUGUGAUCCGCAUGAAUGAUGCUCCCACGCAGGGAUAUGAUGACGACGUGGGCAAUAGGACCACUCUGAGGGUGGUGGCCCACUCCAGCAUCUUCAGGGUGGUCCGUAGACCUAAUGAGUUCUUGCAUCGUGCAGACAGCAACCCUAUGAUCAUCUUCUGGGGACCACCAAACAAAAUUGGGAAAGAUUCAAAAGGAACAUUAUACAGACUGAUCCAAAGAGUGAGCAUGACAUAUACAAACCUUUCUUGCUUUAGUAUUACACCAAGUAAGAUGCGCAAAUUUGAUAGCCUUUUUCUGCGAGAAACUGGUCGGGAUAGGCAAAGAUCUCAUUCAUGGUUGAGCACUGGCUGGUUUACUAUGGUCAUAGCUAUUGAAAUAUGUGACAAUAUCAAAGUUUAUGGAAUGGUUUCACCUAAUCACUGUGGAAAGAAGCCUGUAUCCAAAAAGAUGCUGUAUCAUUAUUACAAACCUCGUGGACUUGAUGAAUGUGUAACUUAUAUGCAGAAUGAGAGUGGCAAAAGAGGCAACCACCACCGCUUUAUUACUGAGAAACAGGUAUUUGCACGCUGGGCAAAGCAGUACAAUAUCAGCUUCAUUCAUCCAAGUUGGUAAAAAGCCACUGAACAUUUAGAGAAUAAGUGGAACUUUCUAGAUUUUUUGUUGACUGAGCCUUUACAAAUCCACACAAUCGAUAUAAAUAUUUUUGGAUUCAUAAUUAUGAGAUAGUGAUUUUGUUUUACAUUUUGCUUUGUUCCUCACAUGGUCUGUGAAUCCAAGGUUUUACUAUAAAUACAUUUUAAAUGAAUUUUUAUGAAUGUUUAUAGUACUUUGUUAAAUGCAUGUAAUUUAUGUCAUUCAAAUGUACAUUUAGUACCUUUGGGGACUUAGCAGAUAUGUGAUAUUUAUUGUCUAUUUUGCUGCAAUUUUUUGCCACUGUUGUCAGCCUAUUUUGUGUUUGACAUUUUAUGAAAUCAUUUCAGCUUCAGAGUAUAACUGAUGAUUCUGUACAUAAAGAAAAUUAUAUACUUUUACUUUAUAUAAGCAAUAAGAAGUCUGCGCAGUAAAUGUAUGAAU